AUGGAGCCGAAAAAAGAGCCGCAACCCCCUGGUGAGUCGCUCUCGGAGCGCGACAAGCGCAUCCUAAAAGCAUAUGGAAAGCUACCACACCUUGGCCCUCUUGGACAUCAGAAGCGAGUCUACUUCGACUCGGGCGACUUCGCCCUCUCCGCAGCGCACAGGGAAGCCGACGACGGCGCCAUCCAAACAGGCACCGUCCACCCUGUCCGCGAGAGAAUCCCACAUCCACACGUUCCCGUUCCUCAUGAGACUAACAAAAGCCCAAGUGCUGAGAUUGCGAAGAGUCCGCUUUCUAAGGAUUGGACUGAGUAUAUGCCGCCGGUCGAGUGA